AUGUGGAAGCGCAUACAGCGGUCACACAAGAAACCCUCAAAGUUCAAGUUUACCAUCGGACUACAGGAGCUUCAACUUGUUGCCACGCCCGAAUGGCACCCACAUUUGAUGACGGUUUCGUUUAUGCACAGACGACGAAAGAUCUCGUCGGGUAAACGCCAAUGGGAAACGUCCUACUCAAAGCCCGAGCAGUCAAUCAUCGUUUGGCCCGCACAAACACCGGAGAACAUUGAAAUUCUAACAACGCUUUACAAAGGAGUCAACGAUGAGCAUUAUGAUGAUAAGGAGUGGACGAUCGUGAUCGAGAGUUUCACCCCGAAAGGAAAGAAGAAGCCGAUCGCCGCCGUUCCUCUCAACAUGCGUCUUUUCGUUAACGAGACGCCCGAUCAGAAGUCACAUAUGAAGCUCAAAAUGCGCCCACUUGUGCCCAAUCUACAGUCGGCGAUCAUUGUUCUCGUGCUUUCAAGUCAAUUUUUGAGUGAAGGAAGGCGUGAUGAUUCUUCGCAAGCUUCCACAUUGACAAGGGAUUUGCUGCCAAUAGAAGUUGAUAUUCAUGAUGCAAAGGCGGUGUCAAGCGAAGGUCCAGCAUCACCUGUUCGCCCGUCUUGGCGUGAAGCUCCAGGUCGAUCGUUGACCACGACACCCGAUCCGAUUGCCAAUGCAAAGAGGAAGAGCACUGAGCUGGUGUUUGAGGUUGACGAUAAAUCUCGACCGGUUCUCGUUUCAUCACCGCCACUUCGACAUGGGUUGGGUCGGGCAUCGACAAGAACUCCAUCUCGUGCUCCAUCACAGCCACCACCCGAGAAGAUUGAAGGGGAAACAUUACUGGCUUGGGCACAACGGGUCACAAAGGACUAUCAAGGAGUCAAAGUGCAGGAUUUUACAAAAUCGUGGCGAUCGGGAGUGACCCUCUGCGCUCUCAUUCACGCAUAUCGACCGGAUUUGAUCGGGGAUUUUGAUGCGCUCGACUUCUCAGAUACGUUAAGUGGAAGAAAGUCAAAUGUGACAAAGGCUCUUCUCAGCGCUCAUGCAAUGGGCUUGACAAAUUUGCCCGAUGAAUAUGACAUUUUGACGCCCGAUGAGAAGGAUGUACGCUUGCUACUGGAGAAAUUAAGAGGAGUCUUUGAGGGAUCUCUUGAUGGCGCAAACUUGGCGAGUGGUUCAGAUUAUCGCCUUUCAACAAUUUACGGAUUUUCUGAAUCGGAAAAGAAGAUGAUGCAAGAAUUGGAACAGAUGAAAAGUGUGAUCGAUGAUGAAUACUCUACAGAAAAGGCACCAAAGAAUGAAUCCAAAUUCUCGGCACAGCCACCGCUAACUACUCAACACAAUUCGAGGAAAGGAUCUGCUCAUAAUGGACAUCAAGAAAAUGGGAACGAUGUGGUUGAUUUGGCAAGCCGAUAUUCAGAAUCAUUAGCAUCUCCAUCAAUGAAGGGACGAGCUGCUAGUCCAGCUCGCCGCGAGGUUCUGCAAGAAAAAGCACGGAAGAUGCUCAACAAUCCAGCACCAUUUUUGACUCAAAACCAGGUCCCAGCCAGCACAGAAGUUCGCGAACGGGCACGACAUAUCAUUGAUGAGGCUGUUCAGAACGGUGCCACGCACAGGAUACAACCAGAUGGCUCGAUGGUGUCCGAUUUUCGUCGAAGCGAAUCGAUUCAAUCAAACGGAAGUCGUUUGGGAUCAAACACGGAUUUGAGGAGAGUAGGGGCUGUGCCGUUAAAUGUGACAAUUCGUAGCUUCCGCAAGCAGGAUCCAUCGCCGGUGUUGCCGAGAAAAGAUUAUGGAACUCCAAUCAUUCCGCCAAUGGGCCGGACCACGCAAAAUCUUGUGGAGCGGUUCUCCGAAACGCCGGCGCCGAGUGGCUCCAAUGAUUACACUUUUUCAACACCGACUCGAACAAAGAUCACUUCAAAAUGGGAGAAUGAUGUCGCUGACCCACAAUCGACGGCUCGUGAACUGGUGGAGAUUACCGGGAAAAUGAAGGACCUUGAUGCGCAGGCUGAACAAAUCAGGACAAAGAUGGGAGAACCAGGCAUUGGUGACGAUGAAGAGCCGAUGUUGGUGGAGACGCUGCAGUUUUGUAACAUUGAAAAGGAUCGACUCGUCAACAAGCAAGAGUACUACAAUAUCAUUGAGAAGAUUCGCAAUACGAUAAUGGAGAUACAAGAUCUGCAAGGGGAAUUGGGACAACGAGAUGACGGAGGCCAUUACCGGACUGCCGAAGAGAAAGAACACACGGAUCAACUGAUGCAACAGCUCAUUGAGGCUCUUUCGAGGAAGAACAACUUGAUCUUAAAAGUGAUGGACCACGAAGAGAUGAUUGAAGAGCGCGCUGAAUUGCUGCGUGGGGAGGCGGCUCGCAACUCGUCGACACUGAUUCGAAGGAAUCCGCCUGAAGGAUCAUCAGGAUCAUCUCAACGAGGCGCCCCGCAAUACUCAUCGCUGCGCAAUUUCGCCUCCAGUUGGCUGUCG